AGUCUGGAAGCGCCUCUCUUAGCUGUCAGUCCAUACGCACAGAUUCUGUGUGUAGCCUUCUCUGUGCUUAUUGGCCAGGAUCUAAUCCCCGCUCAGUGGCACGCCACGCCGGGAUUGGGCGCACAUCUGGCGGGCAUCAGCGGGGCUAGGUCAGGCGAGGUCAUUAGUGAAUACCCACAGUCACUUGCGAGUCCUGCCACAUCCGGUCUUUUGCUGAACUUUGCUGAACAUGGCGACUGAUGGUAGCACUGCUAUUCAAGACGCCGUAUCCUCUGCUAUUCUAGGUUUACCUACCGUCAAAAGUCUCCGAGACGAGCAGUACGCGGCACUAGAGUCUUUCCUGACUGGAAAGGACACCGUUGCUCUCCUUCCAACGGGGUACGGCAAGUCCCUGAUCUAUCAAAUUGCGCCUAUUGUGGCCGGUAUUUUGGCAUCUCGCCCAAAUGCACCAGCGUGGCUUGUGAACGUCAAGAAGCCUAUUGUGAUCGUUGUCUCUCCUCUCGUAGCCCUCAUCAAAGAUCAGGUAGAGAAAGCAAACUCGCUGGGGAUCUCUGCGAUCUCAUUGUUAGACGUGAAAGACAAAGAUGCGGAGGACAUCAAGAAGGGCAAGUACCAACUUGUGUUUGGUAUCCCUGAGCUGUGGGUCGACUGUGAACUCUGGGGAGACAUGUUGCUCAGUGAUCACUUCGAACAAAACCUCAUUGGAAUCGUGGUGGACGAGGUACACAAGACGCCGAGCUGGGGGAUGGCCAAGAAGGGGGUUAAGGCAUUCAGACAAUGCUUUGGACGAAUCGCAGAACUAAGAUCACUGUGUAGAUGUGGAACCCCUCUUCUCGCCUUGACUGCGUCUGCAGAUGCAAAGGCGAGGAAAGACAUCGUGCACCUGUUGAAGCUGAAAAAGGAUGCUACAUAUGUGGAGGCAAGCCCCAACAAGCCAAACAUCCGACUGUCAUGCGUCACGGUGAAAGCAGAAGACUUCUCGUGCUUUGACUGGAUAGUUAGGGGAUUGCGGGAAAAGGCAAUGCUACACCCCAAGGUACUUAUCUAUUGCCCAAAGAUUGCUUAUGCUAGUGAAGUGUACAUCCACAUUAAAGAUUCCCUCCAGGACCAUGCCUAUGUUGGCCCUAAGCAUGAAUCCAAGUACUGUCUUGUUGCCAUGUACCAUGCCUCAACACAUGAACACAAGAAAGAAGAGGUUUUGGCUUGUUUUGAAGAAGGACCUGUUAGAGUAGUGGUUGCUACAACAGCCUUAAGUAUGGGGAUUGACUUUAAAGAUGUGAGAUAUGUAGUGCACUAUGGGGCACCACGUACCAUGGAGGACCUGUUACAGCAGAUAGGGAGGGCUGGGAGAGAUGGCCAGCAGGCCUAUGGCAUUGUUUAUUCUAUAAGUGGGAAACCGUGUGAAGAUACUGAUAUGAAAGAGUUCAUACGCUGUAAGGAAUGUCUCAGAGCUAAACUUUACAAUGUGUUUGAGAGGGAAAAGACAACAAUGCCUAUGACACCAGGACAUUCUUGCUGCUCAGUAUGUCACAAAAAAUGUUCUUGCAAUGAGGAUACUUGUGCCGUAUGUAUUCCUGAGUUUGAAAUGUGGACACAACCAGAACAGGAAGAAAAUGUUUUGACAAGAAAUGUUACUGCAGACCAGCUUCAACGGCUUAGGGAGGGACUCAUAGAAUACAGACAGUCACUAGUUCAGUCUACUAAGUUAAUGUUCAGUUUCGAUCUCACCACUGGGUUUUCAGGGGACUUGAUUCAAACCGUCUUAGAACAUGCACCCCACAUUUUCAGCGUUGAAUACAUUCAAAAAAAUAUACAUGUGUACAAGAAAGAACAUGCGGAUGCUAUAAUGGCUAUAGUCAAUAAGGUAUUUGACGAGAGACUUGACAUUGAUGAUUUGUUAAGUUAUAUUCAGACAGAAUUUGUAAGCGAGCAAGAGAAUGGUGCAGAGAGUUUUUACUUUGGAGAGAACACUUUUACUGAUCCACCUAGUAGUAGUAGUAGUAGUUCCAGCAGUGAUGAUUCUGACGAUAAUUGACAAAAAAGGAAGCAAAUUAUUAUAUAUAUAUAGCAUCCCUUUAAUACUUCAAAAGUUUCUUCUCAUUGUACAUUGCCUGUUAUUUUUUAUAACUUAAUACUGAUGUGAGGAUGUUACAUGUUCUGUUGUAGAUACCAAUACUUUUAUUUACAACUCACUAAAUAUUGCUUGGAUAAGCUAAACUAGGAAUGUUUGUCACUGUUGUAUUAUUCUUACAUACAAUACUUUUAUGUACAAAGCCCGAAAUCUUACUUAGGUGAGAAAACCAAGACUGUCUGCCACUGUUACAUGUUUAUACAAGUAUAUGCUACAUGUAUUUUAUUUACAAAGCACAAAAUAUUGCUUAGAUAAGUGAAUAUUUGUCUCUAAUGCAUUAUGCUUGCAUAGGAUACCUGUACAAUACAAUACGUGUACAAAGCAGACAAUCGUAACCGAGAUUGUCUGUAGCUGUUACAUGCUCAUACAAGUACAUGCCGAUUUUGAAAAGCACAAAAUAUAGCUGAGACAAGAAAAUGAGAAUGUCUCGUAUUGACCAAGCAGAGUGUCGUAUUGUAUAUAAUAUAAACUGACAAGGACCUUGUUACAUGUAAUGUACACGAAAAUAAACUUACAUCAUACAAAUGAAAAUAUCUCUUGUUGUUACAUGUGUUACAUGUGUACACUUUCACAAAGCACACAAAUUCACUUACAUCAGAAAUACGUUGACAGUACUGCAGCACUUUUAUUUGCAAAUCAAGAAGUCUUGCUUUGAUUGAAAAAAAAAGAGAAAGUACUUUUGUUCACAAAGCAAAGUGGAUGAAAAGGAAGUUGUCAGUCAGCAAACUACAAAAUGACCUUGGUUGUUACUUACGUUUUUUGACAAAACAUACCUCACAUGCUGUAGAAAACUUA